UGGGCUAGUCCGCUAGUAGAGUCCUGACUCCUGAGGGUGAGGGGGGCAGAACGCCGCGGCGAUGGCGUUCCCUUCCUCCUCCUCCCUUUGACAACAGCAAGAGGGAGGGAGGGAUCUACCAUGUGGGGGUGGAUUGUCCCCCCCUCAGUCGCCAUCGCCCGCCCGCGUCUUCUUCGUCUCCUCCUCCACGAUCCAUCGCCACUCAUCACUCACCACCCUCUUUAAACAACCGCCGCUUCUUGGCAGCGGGGUAGGGAAACCAACCAAGCAAAAAAAAGGGGGUUCUUGCCCCCCCCCCCCCCCACGCCCCCAGCUGCUACGUAGCUUGGCUGCAUUCCCCCGUCGACGCCCCGAUUCGGAGAAAGAUCGCUGCUUUUGGGGGUUAUUGAUGAGUGCCGGAGCCGGAGCUGUGGCGCCCGCUGCUGAUUUGGGGGUUUGGUUUGAGGGUUGAGGCGGAUGGAUUGGCCGCCUUGCUGCUGCUGCUGUUGAUGCUGCUUGCUCAUUCUUUACCGGGAAGUGCAGUACAGUGCUGCGGCUGCUGCUUGCUCUGACCAACCCACCCGCGCCCCUGCGGCGGAUUUCGAUGUCACGGGCACCGCCCGGAUGUCACUGCCCGUCGCCGAGGUAGCUGGCAUUGCCGCCGGGUGCGCCGCCCUGCUCCUCCUGGCGGCUGCGGCGACAGGGCUCUGGUGCGCGGCGCGGCUCAGGGCGCGGCGUAACCGCAGCUCCGAGACCGGCUCCUCGGAUCCUUCCACGCUAGUGGAGUGGGGCAAGGGGGGCAGGAGCUCGCUGGCGCCGGAGCACCAGGGUGCGAGGCAAUUCUCGUUGGAUGAACUGGCACAGGCAACCAAGAACUUCAGCGAGGCCAACUUGGUUGGGGUGGGUAGCUUUGGGCUGGUGUACAAGGGCCUGCUUCUUGAUGGCUCCGUUGUCGCGAUCAAGAAGCGCAUCGGGGCGCAAAGGCAGGACUUUGCUGAAGAGGUUAGGAAGCUUUCAGAGAUUACUCACCGGAACAUUGUAACUCUCGUUGGUUAUUGCCAAGAAGGAGGUCUACAAAUGCUUGUGUCUGAAUACGUGCCCAACGGCAGUGUCUCUGGCCAUCUCUAUGAUACUGGGAAAAGCUCCAUGACAAGGCUUGAGUUUAAACAAAGACUCUCAAUAGCCAUUGGAGCAGCUAAAGGUCUGAAUCAUCUGCAUACUCUUGUACCUCCUUUGAUUCACAAGGAUUUCAAGACAAGCAAUGUGUUGGUUGAUGAAAAUUUCAUUGCAAAGGUGGCUGAUGCUGGACUUGCUAGGUUACUUAGAGGAUAUGAAGAUGCUGGCCCAUCUCAUGGGUUUAGUAGUAGUGUCUACCAAGAUCCUGAGCUACAAUCAGUGAUGCAGUUUUCUGAAAGCAGCGAUGUGUACAGCUUUGGAGUUUUUCUAUUGGAGUUGAUUACUGGAAGGGAAGCUGCUUGCCUGAUAUCUCCAGAUUCCAGAGAAUCUCUGGCCCACUGGAUUGAAGGGCAUUUCAGUUCAAGUGAACUAAUUGACCCAAGGUUAGGUGCCAAUUUCACCUCAGAAGGUAUGAAAGAGUUUGUUGGCCUCACUUUUCAGUGCCUGAACCCAUCUUCAAGGAGGAGGCCAAAGAUGAGGUUAGUGGCCACAGAGCUAGACCGUAUUCUUGAGACGGAGAUGUCUCUAACAACGAUUAUGGGUGAUGGAACUGCCAUCAUCACCCUUGGGAGCACAUUGUUUAAGUAAUGAAGACGAAGAUUGAUUGCAUGUCUGCUAUUUGAUGACAUGAUGAUUGUCUGUAGAGUCUAACAGCUGCUGUUUGUUAUAAGUUGUACAGGCUCUGCAUUGUUGUGAUAUACCAUGUAUGAUUUUUAGGCUUGUCAUGGUUGGUAUAAUUUGGUAGGAAAGAUGGGAAGAAAUAGAGCUGUAUGUAACUUUCUUUUUCUUCCUCCUCUUGUCGAUUCAGAGAAUUGUAUGUAAUUUCAGAUUGUUCAGUGCCCUUUUAUGUUUUAGUCUUUGGAAGGGCUAUUGAUUGAGUUAUUGUGCUAAUUCAAUACUAUCAUAUAUUAACUGAUUAAUAUCAUGCCAAUAUCUGCUGUGGCAUGAUAUUCUGUAAU